CUCGCUCCAGCUGUGUGGAAUAAACAAUAAACAAUGAAUAAAAGUUUACAUUCACAGCUCUCAAUUUACUUACAGUGACGAGAUGAGAUAGAGCUUAAAGCUUUAAACAAAACAACCGCAGCGAAGAUCACCAAUCUUUUUAAUAUUUUUAAGGAUUUUUUCCUUAUUUAAUAAACAGAUAUUAUAAAUUCUUAUAGUCGACAAAAAGUAGAAUUCUCUCGAGCAACAACAUGAUGCGUCGUCUCCUGAUGGCUUUCGACUUUGACCACACGAUAAUAAAUGACAACAGUGAUAUCGUGGUGAGAAACAUGCUUGGUUCGCCAAUCCCCGAAGAAGUGGCCAAGUUGUAUAGGACGGACGGCUGGACAGCCUACAUGCAAUCCAUCUUCAAAUUGCUCAACACAGACGGUUUCUCUCCCCUGCAGCUGCAGUCAGCCAUCAAGCAAAUCCCUUACACUCCAGGGAUGGAUGCCCUGCUUGAAGGUCUGCACCAAAGAGGAGACGCGGAGGUCAUCAUAAUCUCCGACUCGAAUUCAGUCUUCAUCAGAGACUGGCUGGAGCACGCCUCUGUAGACCAUAUUGUCAAUAAAACCUUUACCAAUCCAGCUCACUUUGACGAUGAAGGGUUGCUCAAUAUCAAAAUGUACCAUGAGCAGGAUUGGUGCACCCUGAGCACAAAGAACCUGUGUAAGGGACACAUCCUGCAGUCCUACGUCAACGAGCGCGCCAAGGAAGGCGUCAAGUUUGACUGCAUCGGCUAUGUGGGAGACGGAAACAAUGAUUUGUGUCCUUGCUUGAAAUUAUCCCAAGUGGAUCUGGCGUUUCCCAGAAAAGACUACAGUUUAGCCAAAAUGAUCAGCAAGGAGGAUUUUCAGCACAAAAUCGAAGCUGGAGUGCACAUCUGGGAGUCUGGCCAUGAAAUAUUGGAAGUGAUCAGGAAACAUCUACCUCCUAACCCAUGAAAGAUUUAUCUGAUAAUAUGUUAAAUUUAACUACUUUGAAGUUUGUGAAAUUGGCGUAAUAAUUUUUAUCUCAAAUAAGGCUGAAUAUAUUAUAGUAUGUACAUACAGAGUCAAUAAAAAAUUUCAAUUUCAGAAAAAUUAAUUUAUUAUU